AUGAAGGUGCUGAUGAACCGUUCAGAAGCAAGACGUGGCGAGGAAGCAUCAUCAGUAGACCUGUGGAGCAAACUGUCCAGCAGUGUGUUUUCCAGUGUGGGUGCUGCUGGCAGUGGUGCUAUCAAGAGUCAUCAGUGUCUUUACUGUCCCUACACUACCAAUAUUAAAUGUAACUUAUUGCGACAUGAAAGAACACACACUGGAGAAAAGCCAUAUCCUUGUCCCCACUGCAACUUUCGCUGUUCUCAAAAUUGUGAUUUAAAAAAACAUAUUCGUAUUCAUACCGGAGAAAAGCCUUUUGCGUGUGAGCAUUGUCCUUACCGUUCCUCGCGGAAGGAAGUGUUACGAAGUCACAUGCGUAUACAUGCGACGAGUGAGGGAAACUAG